GCGGAGCUGAGCAUGCGCAGGGUCGAGGCGCGCCGCGGGCGGCCGUUGAAAAAUGGCGAAUGUCACCGAGCUGAAGGCCGUUUUAAAGGAUACCUUGGAAAAAAAGGGAGUAUUAGGGCAUUUAAGAGCAAGGAUCCGAGCUGAAGUUUUCAAUGCCCUAGAUGAUGACCGUGAACCGCGACCAUCAUUGUCUCAUGAAAACCUUCUCAUUAAUGAAUUAAUUCGGGAGUAUUUGGAAUUCAACAAAUAUAAGUAUACAGCAUCCGUCCUCAUAGCAGAAUCUGGGCAACCUGUAGUUCCAUUGGACAGACAAUUUCUCAUUCGUGAACUAAAUGCAUUUGAAGAAUCAAAGGAUAAUACAAUACCUCUUUUAUAUGGAAUUUUAGCUCAUUUCUUGCAUGGAGCUAAGGAUGGCAUCCAGAAUGCAUUUCUGAAAGGGCCUUCACUUCAGCCUCCAAACCCAAAUCUUGGCAAACAACCGAGUUGAAGAAACCAAGUGGAUGAUCACCUAAGAAAGGAGGAGGGGAAAAAUACUAAUAGUGAAGAUGUGCGUAUUUCUCAAGCAGUAAAGAAAUGACACUUCCAUUUGGGAUAUCUUAUGUUAAAACUGUGUGUACUAAAUAACUUAUUGUCCCAAUGUUACCAAAAUACGCCACUAAUAUUUGUACUUUGUAGAGUUUCUGCAAAACACUUAGCCCCUUGUGUUUGAUUGCAUUUGUGAAUAAAAGCUAACUGUCAUCAAGCUUAUUGGAUUUGACUCGAAAGAAAAUGAAUUGUUUUUAGGAAGUAUUUUAAAGGUCCUUACAUUUGUGAGACGUGAAAGGGCUUUUUAGUACCCUGUACAU